AUGUUGCGGACCUUUAGAAAUUUUUCCACGUCGAGCGUCGCUAGACAGGUGAUCGGCUCAGCCAAGGGCGAGACCGUGAACUCCACCAAGUACUUGGGCCAAAAAUACCACGUCAUUGACCACGAGUAUGACUGUCUCGUUGUCGGUGCCGGAGGUGCUGGUCUCAGAGCUGCUUUUGGCUUGGCCGAGGCUGGCUUCAAGACUGCCUGUAUCUCUAAAUUGUUCCCCACCAGAUCUCACACUGUGGCUGCUCAAGGUGGUAUCAACGCUGCCCUUGGUAACAUGCACAAGGAUGACUGGCAUUGGCACAUGUACGAUACCGUGAAGGGCUCGGACUGGUUGGGUGACCAGGAUGCUAUCCACUACAUGACGAAGGAGGCCCCUCAAUCGAUUUACGAGUUGGAGAAGUACGGUAUGCCUUUCAGUAGAAACGACGAGGGCAGAAUCUACCAAAGAGCCUUCGGUGGCCAGUCGAAGGAAUACGGUAAGGGUGGUCAAGCCUACAGAACCUGUGCUGUUGCCGACAGAACCGGUCACGCUUUGUUGCACUCCUUGUACGGACAGUCCUUGAGACACGACACCCACUUCUUUAUCGAGUUCUUUGCGAUGGACUUGAUGAUGCAAGACGGAGAGUGUGUUGGUGUCGUGGCGUACAACCAAGAAGACGGUACUUUGCACAGAUUCAGAGCCCACAAGACGGUUCUUGCCACUGGUGGAUACGGAAGGGCCUACUUCUCUUGUACUUCUGCCCACACAUGUACUGGUGAUGGUUACGCCAUGGUGUCCAGAGCUGGAUUGCCUUUGGAGGACUUGGAGUUCGUGCAAUUCCACCCUUCGGGUAUUUAUGGCUCCGGUUGUUUGAUUACUGAGGGUGCUAGAGGUGAAGGUGGUUACUUGCUCAACUCUGAGGGUGAGCGUUUCAUGGAGCGUUAUGCUCCUUCUGCCAAGGACUUGGCCUCCAGAGAUGUUGUCUCCAGAGCCAUCACCAUGGAGAUCAACGAAGGAAGAGGUGUGGGUCCAUUGAAGGACCACAUGCACUUGCAAUUGUCCCACAUCCCAGCUUCUGUCUUGAAGGAGAGAUUGCCUGGUAUUUCUGAGACUGCUCAAAUUUUUGCUGGUGUCGAUGUCACCAAGGAGCCAAUUCCAAUCUUGCCAACUGUCCACUACAAUAUGGGUGGUGUCCCAACCAAGUGGAACGGUGAGGUCGUCAAGAAAAACGAGAAGGGCGAGGACGAGGUUGUUCCUGGCUUGUUGGCAUGUGGUGAAGUCGCUUGUGCUUCUGUCCACGGUGCUAACAGAUUGGGUGCCAACUCCUUGUUGGAUUUGGUUGUGUUCGGUAGAGCUGUGUCCCACACCAUCAGAGACUCUUUGACCCCAGGCACCCCAUUGAAGCCUGUUUCUAAGGAUCUUGGCUUGGAGUCGAUUGCUAACCUUGACAAGGCCAGAACUGCCAACGGUUCUAAGACCACUGCUGAAAUUAGAGCUGAGAUGCAGGCUACUAUGCAAAAGGGUUGUGCUGUUUUCAGAAGACAAGACACCUUGGACGAGUGUGUUGAACACAUCAGCAAGGUCGACAAGAGUUACGCUGACGUUAAGACGACCGACAGAUCCAUGAUCUGGAACUCUGACUUGGUUGAGACUUUGGAGUUGCAAAACUUGUUGACUUGUGCCACUCAAACUGCUGCAUCUGCUGCUGCUAGAAAGGAGUCCAGAGGUGCUCAUGCUAGAGAUGACUUCCAGGAUAGAGACGAUGUUAACUGGAUGAAGCACACUUUGUCCUACCAAAAGGAAUCUGGUACCCCAGUUUCCUUGGACUACAGAGAUGUCAUCUCCACGACUUUGGACGUGAACGACUGUAAGCCAGUCCCACCAGCCAAGCGUGUUUACUAA